AUGUUGUGGGUCCUCUUCGUCUUCCUGUCGUACCAGGACAGGAACGUGGUCAAGGGAAAACUCCUGAACGACGCCCACGGUGCGGAGAACGAGAGCAAAGACGCCUGGUUCACGGUGAACCGCACUCUUUGUGCAAAAAUGUCGAUGCUGGCCGGUGGGAUGGAGGCUUUGUACCAAGUUUCAGACGGGCGUCGGUCGGUGCGCUCCGUCGUGGACACACGCGGGGACCUCGUGGACUGUUCCAUUAUCGUGGACAGGUUGCAGGUGAGGUCGUUCCUGCACCUGUGCAGACUGGGACUGACGCAACAGGACUUCCACAGUGAACGCUUGAGCGCACAAAAUAACCGUUUUGUGCGCAUGGAAGAAGCUUUGGCCACUUGCCGACAGUUUACGCAGAGGUCCGAGCCCCGCGUGGAGCCGAGGCCGCACAAGGCACCAACACAGCCGUGGCCGAGUGGGGACGAGCGAAAGAAGAGAUCGAAGAGAGGCUUCACGUACCCGGGCACGCUGUGGUGUGGAGCCGGCAACAUGGCCGAUCACGAUGACCAUUUGGGGGAUUUCCCCGAGACCGACAGCUGUUGCCGCACACACGACCACUGCCCUCACGUCAUCCACGCCUUCUCAUCCAAGUACGGCUACACGAACUUGAAGUGGUACUCCAUUUGUCACUGCGACUGUGAUAUUGCGAUGAAGCAAUGUCUGGCCGAGGUCAAUGACACCGUGUCCCGGGUGGUGGGCCAGGCCUUCUUCAAUGUCAUCGGGGCGCCCUGCUUUGAGUUUGGUUACAAGGACCACUGUGUGGAACGCCACUGGUACGGUGUAUGCAAACGGUACGAGAGGCUCCCGGUCGCCGUGCCUCAGCCGGCCGUCCCGUAUAUCUUCGGCGGGAUCCCGGUCAUCGACGUUCUGACCGCGCCUCCUCCCCCUGCGAAGACGGACACCGCUAGAAUCAACGAGCAGGCGACGAGGCUGGAGGGUGGCACCACGUCGGAACCCCCGUCAUUGGUUACCAUGGUGACGGCGGCCGAGGACUUCAUCAAGGUUCUGGCCACCGUGUCCACGUCUCAGGGCACCCCCUCCGACGCCAACAAAGGGGUGGCGCACAGCACGGAGGAGAAGAAGACGAAGAAGGAGAAGACGAAGAAGGAGAAGACGAAGAAGACGAAGAAGAAGGAGAAGAAUAACCAGAAGAAUAGUGGGAAGAGGAAGAAGCCACAGAACCAGGGUAAAAAUAAAGGGAAGGGGAGAGGGAGGAAGGUGAAGUCACACAAGGACACUGGAGUGGAAGACGUUCUCGUAGCUUCCAGUAGCAAGGCGGGUGUUGGCGACCACUUCCUCAUUGAACUCAAGGCGGGCCGUUCGGGGCACGGUGACAAGAACACAUUUGUUGAGGGGGGAUUCGAUCUGGCCGGGCACAGGGGGGCGUCCAAUGAGGUGAUGAAAGACGAGCCGGCGUUGGAGAAAGAUGCCGCCGAGGUCACCUCGCCGUCGUCACCCAAAGAACGGGUGACCCGACCGUCUGAACUGGCCACGUUUCACUGCUACGACGACGCCGACAGCUACUGCUACUACAACGACCACCACUACUACUGCCGCCAUUACUACUACGACAAACACCACCACUACUACUACUACCACCAUUACUACUAUGACAACUACCACCACUACUACUACAACCACCAUACUGCUACUACUACAACCACCACUAUGUGGCUCCACAGGCCCACCGUGUUGGACCACCCCAUGGGAACAUAG